UGGAAGGAGCUCACUAUGACAGGGCAGAGUCUGAAGGCUUUAUCUGAAGCGAAUUUUGAAGACAAUGAGAUCAGCAUCAACGUUGGAGGCUUUAAGAAAAAGAUGAGAUCCAACACACUAUUAAGGUUCCCUGAGACCAGGCUGGGCAAACUGCUGAGCUGCCACUCAAAGGAGUCAAUCCUGGAGCUCUGUGAUGACUAUGAUGACACCAAGAAUGAAUUUUAUUUUGACAGGAACCCCGAGCUCUUUCCUUACGUGCUACAUUUUUAUAACACCGGCAAGCUCCAUGUGAUGGGUGAACUCUGUGUGUUUUCUUUCAGCCAGGAGAUUGAAUACUGGGGAAUCAAUGAAUUCUUUAUAGACUCCUGCUGUAGUUACAGCUACCAUGGGAGGAAAAUGGAGCCAGACCAAGAGAAAUGGGAAGAACAAAGUGACCAGGAAAGCACCACAUCUUCUUUUGAUGAGAUUUUGGCAUUCUACAAUGAUGCCUCUAAAUUUGAUAAACAACCAUUUGGAAACAUCAGAAGGCAGCUGUGGCUUGCUUUGGAUAAUCCUGGGUACUCAGUCUUAAGCCGUAUCUUCAGUGUCCUUUCCAUAGUGGUGGUGCUGGGCUCCAUCGUGACCAUGUGCCUGAACAGCCUCCCAGACUUUCAGAUAGUUGACAGCAAUGGGAACCCCGAGGAAGACCCUCGCUUUGAAAUCGUGGAACAUUUUGGUAUUGCAUGGUUCACUUUCGAACUGGUGGCGAGAUUUGCAGUAGCUCCUGACUUUUUAAAGUUUUUCAAGCAUGCCCUGAAUUUGAUUGACCUAAUGUCUAUCCUUCCAUUUUAUAUCACUCUAAUUGUCAACUUGGUGGUUGAAAGUAGUCCAACUUUAGCAAAUUUAGGCAGGGUUGCGCAAGUCCUGAGACUCAUGAGGAUCUUUCGCAUCUUAAAGCUUGCUAGACACUCCACAGGACUCAGGUCCCUUGGAGCCACCCUGAAGUAUAGUUACAGAGAGGUGGGGCUUCUUCUGCUUUACCUCUCUGUCGGCAUCUCCAUUUUCUCUGUAGUGGCUUACACCAUUGAGAAAGAAGAGAAUGAGGGUUUAGCCACCAUCCCUGCUUGUUGGUGGUGGGCUACUGUUAGCAUGACCACAGUUGGCUACGGGGAUGUUGUACCAGGGACCACUGCUGGCAAGUUGACGGCAUCUGCAUGCAUCCUAGCUGGUAUCCUAGUGGUAGUGCUUCCCAUUACACUGAUCUUCAACAAAUUCUCCCACUUUUAUAGGCGUCAGAAGCAGCUAGAGAGUGCCAUGAGAAGCUGUGAUUUUGGUGAUGGCAUGAAAGAAGUUCCAUCAGUCAACUUGAGAGACUACUAUGCUUAUAAAGUUAAAUCUCUUAUGGCCAGUCUUACCAAUAUGAGCAGGAGUACCCCCAGUGAGCUGAGCCUGAACGAUUCACUGCAUUAGUGUACAAGUUUG